AACCUAAAAAUCUAUAUUGACUACAAAUAUAACUCAUUUAUUGGUCUACUCAGGUUGUGAGAUGUGGCACCAGUGAGGAGUUAGAGGAGCUCAAAUGCACAAUGGGGGACUGGAUAGCUGACUGUGGUGUGCCAAACAUUUACACAGCCUCUGUCAGGGACCUGCCUACAAUUCACGGGCAAAUAGUUACUCAUUACUUGUACCACAGGGUGGCCAGUAUGGUCCAACAGUUCAUUGCCGGGAUGAAUUCAUGUGGCCAGAUGUGGGAGAUUGUGGCGAUGAACUGGAGAGAGUUCCUCCCACUGUUCACAAAUGCAACACAGAAACUCUCCAGGAAUGACAUCAGGAACCUCUUCACAAUAUCCUGGAGUCCACAGGGCAGCAACCACAGAGAACAGGAGGAGGAGACGGUCUUCCAGUGGGAGUGCUGGCUGAUGUCCAUUCAAGAAGAAGAGAUGGAUAUUUCCUUCGAGGAGUUGCUGGUGUUUGUGACAGGGGCCGAUUCUAUCCCCCCUCUUGGGUUCCCGCAGAAAUGCCAGCUUGACUUCUAUAAUCAGGAGGAUGGGAGCUGCCGCAUUCCUUAUUCAUCAACAUGUAGCCUUUGCCUUUUCCUCCCGAGAGGGGUUACAGAAGAAGAGGAGUUCAGAAGACUUAUGUUCCUUGCCCUGAAAGGGUCUCUUGGUUUUGGGAAG